GACUCCGAUGUUAAAGAAAUUACAUCGGAAUCGGAAUUCCGUACUUAGGAUGUGGCGAUUUGGGGAGAACACUGAUUGACUGAAUACAUGACAUCGAAUAUUAUGCUUUGAGAACAGAUUCUUGAAAAAAAUGUCAUUUCUAGCAGAUUCAUGCUUAAUGUUCUUUUCGCAGGUUUUGUUUUUUGCUGGUGGAUGGGUGUUUUUCUUGAAACAGCUCUUUAAGGAUUAUGAGGUUCAUCAUUCCGUUGUUCUGCUGGUCUUUUCGGUCACAUUUGCAUUGUCAUGUACAAUGUUUGAACUUAUCAUCUUUGAGAUUCUUGGAUUUCUUGAAUCUAGUUCAAGAUAUUUUCAUUGGAAGCUAGGGCUGUAUGCCAGCCUCUUUGUUCUGGUAGCAGUAUUGCCUUUCUACAUUGGCUAUUUCAUUAUUGGAAACUUAAGAUUUGUUCCACAGAAGCGCCACAUCCGUGUUCUACUGACAGCCGGAGCCUGGCUGGCAUUUCUUUACUUCUUCUGGAAAAUUGGUGAUCCCUUUCCUAUACUGAGUCCAAAGCAUGGUAUAUUUUCAAUUGAGCAGUGUAUUGGAAGGAUUGGGGUCAUCGGGGUCACAUUGAUGGCGGUGCUUUCUGGAUUUGGUGCUGUCAAUUAUCCAUAUACUUCAAUGUUCUGCUUCAUCAGGGCUGUUACUGAAGCAGACAUACAAAGCAUUGAAAAGAGGUUGAUGCAAACCAUGGAUAUGAUACUUAUGAAGAAAAAGAGAAUGGCAUUAGCUAAACGAGAGCAACUAAAGCAGGCUACAAUUAAUAAAAGUCAAAGUGGAUUGUGGGGAAUGAUCUCCAAAGUUACGUCUGGCAGCGGAUCAUCCGAGAAUAUUCCAGUGUUGAAGCAAGAAACUGAGGCCUAUGAAGAACUGGCAAAACAAUUAUUUUUAGAAUCUGUGGAUCUUCAUAAUACACAGGAAAGAAUAGCAUACUCAAAGACAUUUAAAGGAAAAUAUUUUAACUUCUUGGGAUACUUUUUUUCCAUUUACUGUGUGUGGAAAAUAUUUAUUUCAACAAUCAACAUUAUAUUUGAUCGAGUUGGAAAAGUCGACCCUGUCACAAGAGGCAUAGAAAUAGCAGUCAACUACCUAGGAAUCCAAUUUGAUGUGAAAUUCUGGUCACAGCAAAUUUCAUUCCUUCUCAUAGGAAUCAUCAUAGUAACCUCAAUAAGAGGUUUACUCAUUACUUUAACAAGGUUCUUCUAUGCUAUUGCCAGCAGCAAGUCAUCUAAUGUAAUAGUCCUGUGCCUAGCUCAGCUAAUGGGAAUGUAUUUUGUAAGUUCUGUACUUCUCAUCAGAAUGAACAUGCCACAGGAAUACAGAUCAAUUAUAACACAAGUGCUUGGAGACCUACAGUUCAAUUUCUACCAUCGUUGGUUUGAUGUUAUAUUUCUUGUCAGUGCACUCUCCAGUAUUGGAUUCCUAUACAUUGCACACAAACAAGCACCAGAAAAGACAGUGAAUGGAUACUAGUGACUAAAUGAUUCACUUCAUAAAUAAAAUGAAAACUAUG